AAUGACUUAUCCAACGUAGUUGUGUUGUGUCGUCUGCAUUUCAUCGCCGGAGUGGUAGGAGCUUGGACGAAAACUCAAAAUUGACGAUUAAUGAUUCAUUAGCUCAUUUAUCUUGACGCGGCUUUGCAAAGUGUCGACCAAAGAGACGGCGAUUUGUUUUUGACCGCUUGCUGGAUGAGUUAAAGUCUUUCAUUGGAGCGAAUCAUCUAUGCUAGCGCGUUAGCAAUUCAAAGCUACCACAUUUUGCUAUCACUCGCUCAUUGCUUGGCGGGCGAAUAUUUGCUCCUAACUUGCCAGCGCGGAGGAAACAACAAUGGGUUCGUCCAAGAAACAUAAGGAAAAGGCUCGCGAUAGAGAAGCCGAGGACCGCCGUCGCGAGCACAAGAAACACCGUCGCAAGGAGCGCGACAGAGACGCAUCGGACCGAGAUGGUACUCGGGAGAAGGAGAGACGAAAGCGGUCCCCGUCCAGGGACAGGAGUGGGCGCGAUAGUCGCAACAAAGGCGAGAGGAGUUCCGGAGGGGAGCCACGCAUCAAGAAGGAGAAACUUGAUAAGGCUUACGAGGAGGGAAACGGUGAGGCGCAAGCUCAGUCAGCGAGUGGAGAUGCAUCACUCAGCAUCGAGGAGACCAACAAGCUCCGAGCCAAGCUGGGUCUAAAACCGCUGGACUUAAAUGACAACAAGAAGGAACUUGGCACUAAGGAAGAGCCGCUGGUGGCAGAGACCAUCAACCCUGCUCUCAUGCAGAAGCAGAAAGACAUCAAGGAGAAGCUGGCUGCCAUGAAGGAGAAGCGCCUGCUGAACCAGAAGCUUGGCAAAGUCAAGACGCUGGCUGAGGAGGACUGGCUGGAGGACACCGCCGCUUGGGUGGAGAAGAGCCGGACGGCGGCAAAGGAGAAAGAGAUGGCGGAAAAGAGAGCCAAACUCCUGGAGGAGAUGGACCAGGAGUUUGGCGUGAGCACCCUGGUGGAGGAGGAAUUCGGGCAAAGGCGGAAAAACAGCGCGUACACGGCGCGGGACCUGAAGGGUCUUAAAGUGCAGCACAAAGUGGACUCCUUCGGCGAGGGCCAGACGGUCAUCCUCACGCUGCAGGACAAAGGCGUGCUGGAGGAGGAGGAGGAUGUGCUGGAGAACGUGGGGCUGGUGGACAAGGAGAAGGCGGACAAGAAUGUGGAGCUGAAGAAGAAGAAGCCCGACUACAAGCCGUACGAGGAGGAGGAAAGCGUGGACGACAUGGUGACGUUCAAGUCGCGCUCGGUGCUGUCCAAGUAUGAUGAGGAGAUCGACGGCGAAAAGAAGAAAAGCUUCCGCUUGAAGACGGGCGGCGUGGUCGACGGCGAGCGGGAGCGGGAGCUGCAGGUCAUGCGGGAGACACUCCGCAGCCAGGCGCAAUCCUUGGAGAUGCCCUCGCUCGCGAUUGCGUCCGAGUACUACUCACCUCAGGAGAUGGUGGGCUUCAAAAAGACCAAACGGCGCGUGAAGAAAAUCCGCAAGAAGGAGAAGACGACAGUGGCGGACUUGUUGCUCCUGGACGACUCGCGCAAGACAGACUUUGGCUCCAGGACGCGCGGGCGGGGACGAAAGGGGGAAUACGUCGACGAGGCCGACGACGAGAACGACACCAAGUGGCCACACGAAGUGGCGCCGACAACAGCGGAGCCGCAAAUGUCAGACGACAUCCGGACGGCGGAUAUGGACAUCAGCGACGACGAGGACUUCACGCCGCCCGAGCCCAGCGUCAUCGAGGAGGACGAGGCCGAGCAGGAGCUGCAGAAGCAACUGGAGAAGCAGAGAAAGCUGCGGCAGAAGCGGCUCCUCAAAGACUCCGGUGAGAAGAUCGCCGAGCGGGUGAAGCGACUCUCCAAAGACGACGCCGACAACGACGCGGAGAAGCGCAACAACAUCGUCUUCAACGCCACCUCCGAGUUUUGCCGGACGCUGGGCGACAUUCCCACCUACGGCCUGUCGGGCAACCGCGAGGACCAGGAGGACAUGAUGGACUUUGAGCAGGAGGAGGAGAGGGAAGGCGCCGACGACUCCAACUCGGACGGCGAGGACAAAGUGGGCUGGAGCAGCGUCAACCUGGACGAGGAGCAGAAGCACCCCGACUUCGCCACGGCCUCCGCCACCAUUCUGGACGAGGAGCCCAUCGUCAACUCGGGCCUGGCCGCCGCCUUGCACCUGUGCAAGAACAAAGGACUGCUGGAGACGGAGGUGCAGAAAGUGGCGCGAGUCAAAGCCACCAAAGGCGCCCUGCCCAAUGACAACUACUGCAUCGAGGACAAGAUGGGCUUCGACGACAAGUACAGCCGCCGCGAGGAGUACCGCGGCUUCACGCAGGACUUCAAGGACAAGGACGGCUACAAACCCGACGUCAAGAUCGAGUACGUGGACGAGUCGGGGCGCAAGCUGACCCCCAAGGAGGCCUUCCGGCAGCUGUCGCACAGAUUCCACGGCAAGGGCUCGGGCAAGAUGAAGACGGAGCGCCGGAUGAAGAAGCUGGAGGAGGAGGCGCUGCUGAAGAAGAUGAGCAGCAGCGACACGCCGCUGGGGACGGUGGCGCUUCUUCAGGAGAAGCAGAAGUCGCAGAAAACGCCCUACAUCGUGCUCAGCGGAAGCGGCAAGAGCAUGAACGCCAACACCAUCACCAAAUAAAUACUUAGUGACAAGAGUCCCCCCCCCCCCCCUCCAAACACGCAUAUAUACCGCAUUUGUGUUUUAGAGUGAUUGCUACAAAUCCAAAAUGCUUGUAGGUGUAGUCGUUACAAAUGACACAAUAAAAUGCAGACAAAGA